UAGGAGCUCAGACAUCAGCUUGGACUCAAACUGAGAGCCCAGAUAGCGUCAGAAUUUAACGUUGCCCUAACUGUUGUAAAAAGUCUCUGCAGUUGUAACGCUUACACUAGAACGAGCUGAAGUGAGUCCUGAAACAGAGGGAAGUGCUGUGGUCACGUUGCCGAAGCGAGCUUCCUUGUUGAGUCCCUGCUACAGCCAGUCUCAAACAAAAAAAAAAAGAGAGAAACUACUGUAUUUGACUGGGUUGGAAAAGCCAAAUUACAAACUCAAAGAUGGGUUGGAAAUCCGGCAUUUGCUGAAUUUUUAUGUCAGGAGAAAAAAAUGGAAGGCCUGCCUGAUGCUGCUGCUUUUGCAACUAGACUUAAAAACACUCUCAUCCAAUAUCAUAGCAUCGAAGAUGAUAAGUGGCGAGUUGCCAAGAAAGUGAAAGAUGUAACAAUUUGGAGAAAACCUUCAGAAGAAUUUAAUGGAUACCUGUUCAAAGCCCAGGGUGUUAUAGAUGACAUCGUCAAUAGUGUCAUAGACCAUAUACGCCCGGGUCCCUAUCGCUUGGAUUGGGACAGCUUAAUGACUUCAAUGGAUAUUCUGGAACACUUUGAAGAGAAUUGCUGUGUGAUGCGCUACACUACGGCUGGUCAGCUUUGGAAUAUAAUUUCCCCUCGAGAGUUUGUGGAUUUCUCCUACACCGUGGGCUACGAAGACGGGCUUUUGUCCUGUGGGCUAAGUGUUGACUGGAGUGAACAGAGACCAGAGUUUAUUCGUGGGUUUAACCAUCCCUGUGGCUGGUUCUGCGUUCCACGUAAAGACAAUCCCCAGCAGAGUCUCUUGACGGGCUAUAUUCAGACGGAUCUGCGUGGGAUGAUCCCGCAGUCUGCGGUCGAUACAGCCAUGGCAAGCACUUUAAUCAGCUUCUAUGCGGAUUUACGAAAAGCCCUACAGAAGGCCUAAAAUGUCUAAACUCGUAGGACAGCCGUUCCCCCAAAUCAACUUUUUCCCUCAGUGGCGUGGCCUGUGAAAAUCAUCCUUUUCUCUCUUCUGUGUAGCUGUAGAAACAUGAGAUGAUUUGUCGGUUUAUCUUAUUCCUUAAAGUAGUUAUCUAAGAGAAGGCAUCUCCGUUUCCUUAGACAGUUGUUUGCGCACUGUUUGGUACAGCAGCGCGUCUUGUUUGACCGAAACUCUUACGAAACCGAACAUUGCCUCGAUGUGAAUAUGAAAGCACAAGCUUCAUGUUGGUAAAGUCAUCUGUUUUAGAGCUUUACGAAACCUUUAAAAGUUUUAACUAUCUUAGGAAAUUAAAUAUCAGUGCUUUACUUUUGGUACGCUCUAUGAGUUGGCCAAUAUCUAGACUAAAGAGAAGAGUUCUUUAUAUUUUAUAAAAGGUGAACUUGUCAGUUGACUUGUACUACUUCAAAUAUUGAAAAAACCAGAAAUAGAAGAAUAGAGAUAGUAUAGAUAUAAUUCAGAUACAGUUGUUUUGAUACCUAGAUAACAUUAUUUUCUGGAUAUCUUUUAAAAAUGUAUUUGUAUCUUUCUGUCCAUUUAUUUUGGAAGUCUUCCAAAGUAUUUAUGCACGGAUGAGACCAAGAACUGCCAAGUAUGUGCUGGAGCUACCAACCCGAUGGGUUGUGUAAAGGGCGUGGUGAUGUCCUACAUUCACCAACAGCAAAUCGUCCAGAAAUCAAAUUCAAUGAGUGUUUUCAUAUUUCAGUUUUUUCUUUUUUUAAGACAAGCCCUCGAGAAAUAGCUUUUAAUUCUGAGAAGUAUCCAAUAUUCUGUAGGAAAAUAAUCAGAUUUUUAGUCUUUCUCAUUUCAUCCAUGUUCACAUUUCAAAGUAUCGCUCCCCUCAAAGUGUUACUGACUGCAUCAUACACGUUCACGAGCAUGACGUGACUCAGUCUGGAACUUUUUUUUUUACUUUUUAUUUAUUUAUGAUAGUCACACACACACAGAGAGAGAGAGGCAGAGACAUAGGCAGAGGGAGAAGCAGGCUCCAUGCAGCAGGAGCCCAAUGUGGGAUUUGAUCCUGGGUCUCCAGGAUCGCGCCCUGGGCCAAAGGCAGGUGCUAAACCACUGCGCCACCCAGGGAUCCCAGUCUGGAACUUUAGUACAUGUGUUCAUACAUUUGUCCACUUGCCUAGAUGAGUCAUUUUAUAAAACUGGCUUGGACUGUAAUAGACCCCGUGACUCCAUGGCUGCCUUAAAUGAACAUUCCCGAAUGAUCUGAACAUUCCAAGUGAUUCUGUUGCUUUUGAAUAGCCACCUGGUUGACUUCCAAAAUGAGACCUUGAGACAACUCGCUGUAUCCUUGUGGGUGUAUUUAUGCUUGUGUUCAGGCCUACAUCUUGAAAUCUGUCUCCUGUUCAGUGGGAGUUAUGUGGUACUUACUGUUUCUAAAUGUUUUGUUUCCUUUUUAAAAUUAAUCUGAGGUUUCUUCUAUUCCAGCAUACUGUCUAGGAUGGUGAAAUGCUAGCAGACAUCCAAUUAUGGGGCCCAGACUGGGUGAGGGAUUUGUGACAAGAUGGCCUGAGCUGGGUACCCUUAACAUGAAUAAACUGUCUAAUGUGCUCUUUGUGUUUCUCAGCUUAUACCUCCAAUUAGUGAUUACAUAAUCCACUGUUGCACUGGGUCCCUUGCACAUAAAAGGAAAAAUUUUUGUUGCAAUAUUGAGUCCUAGGAUAGACUGAAAAAUAGUAUUUGAGUUACCUGAAAUUUCUGUGCAGCUUCUAGAUGGCACUUGAGAUCUGCUGGGCUCUAGAUGCUACUUUUUUCUUUUCUUUUUUAAACAGCUUUAUAGAGGUAUAAUUUAUAUGCUGCACGACUUACUGGUUCUAAGAAUACAGUCCAGUUACAUCUCACAUGCACUUAGAGUUGUGUGGUCAUCACCACAGUCCAGCUUUAGAAUAUUUCUAGCAACCAAAUGACCCCUUUGCCUGUCUGCAGACUCAGAUCUAACCAAAGUUGAGCGCAGUUGCCCUUAUACAGAAGAUGAAAAAGAUUAGCGUAGGCUUUAUCUGGUUUUGUUAGAGGAGAGGUGUGUUUGAUCCUAAGCUCAGGCACCUUAUGGUAAUGUAUUAAAUGUUAUCUCAAAUACUGUAAUUAUACAAAAAUUUAAUGAUCUGGGUUGGGAUUAAUGAUAACAUAUAAUUGAGUCUGCUGUUUCUGUAGCAGUGCUGGAUAAUAGAAAAAUAACAUGAACCAUAAAUGUAAUUUAAAAUUUUCUAUCUGCCACA